UGGGGGCCCGCCCCCCUCGUCCCGCCGACUUUAAAUUCUCCCGCACUUGGGCGGCUUUUGCACACUUACCUGCCAGUCUGCCGCGAGUGCCCCGCCGCCCUGCACGCCCAACGACUCCUGUCCUCUGCUUCAGGCGGAAAAUGCUGUUGUUUGAUUGCAACUCAGAGGUGGAGAAUCUGACGCACCUGCUGGAGGCCGGGGCCUCGGUCAACGCACCCCCGGACCCCUGGGAGCAGUCGCCUGUCCACUUGGCCGCAGGUGGCGGCCGGGCUUGGUUUCUUCUCUGGCAGCUGCAGACCGGCGCGGACCUCAACCAGCAGGAUGUGUUUGGAGAAGCUCCGCUCCACAAGGCAGCGAAAGUUGGAAGCCUGGAAUGCCUUAGCCUGCUUGUGGCCAGUGAUGCCCAAAUUGAUUUAUGUAAUAAGAAUGGGCAAACAGCUGAAGAUCUUGCUUGGUCAUGUGGAUUUCCAGAAUGUGCCAAGUUCCUUACGGCAAUUAAACGUAUGCAGACAAAAAACCCAAGUGAACGAUCCAAUAGAGAUCACUGUGUUCCGGUGCUCAGACAGAAACGAAGUUUCGGGAGUGCAGAAAAUACAAGUGGGAAAAGGAAGUGUUGAUGACUCGGUUAUGAGGAGGUGUGAAGAGGCCUUCACUUCGGGCAGAUCUGCUGCUCAGCUGCAAGCCAUGGCUUUCGCUCAUCAGGUGUCUAAACUCCUUCUAAGAAGGAGGAGAACUUUCUUCUAAGUGAAGAUAACAUUUAUGAAUGCAUGUAUUUACAUGCCUCCAAUAUUGUGGUUGCGCAUACUUUGUCUAAGUUUUUAAAGGAAAGUCUAAAGACUAAAUUCUUUUUUUUGUGUAGUAUUUAUAACCUUUGGGAAAAAAUCAAGGUUAAACCAUCAAACUACACCCAGAAUUUAUUUGAAAAUUAAACUUAUUUUUUAUUAACAAAUUUAUAAUAAACUUUACUACAGUC